AUGACGUUUGAUCCUGAUGAUUUUCUAAAUACUGCACAACCUCGACGAACUUUUAUUGUUAAUGCCAAUGGAGUUACUUAUCCUGUGACAGGGGCUGACACUGUUGCACUCUCAUCCUCUCUCUCACUAUCUAAUACUUUACAUAUUCACACUCAGGAAAUUAUUGGUCGUGGUACUAAGAGAGGAGGGCUAUAUUAUGUAGAUGACUUCAGUCCUGGCAUGGUGUUGAUACCCAAAAAUUCAAGGGCUGGGCCCAGACUUAUUCCUAGCCCAGCACAAAUAUUUAAACCACAAAAUGAGCUCAAUUGGGAUAUACGAAAACUUGUGGGUGCACCUGCACGAGUUAUGGACCACAUGCCACGCGAAGCAAACACACACGCUAAACGUGUCAAGAAGGGUCAAAACACACCGGCUCUAUAUAUUCACGCUUACUGA